AUGAGUCAACAAGCAUUGAAGUUCGAAGAAGUCCUUGAAAAUUCCAAAUGUAUGGUCGCAUCUUACCGGACACCUUCGGUGGUGAUGGUCAAAGGUGAAGGAUCAUAUUUAUGGGACAUGGACAAUCAGAAAUAUAUUGAUUUUUUUGCGGGAAUUGCUGUGAAUUCUCUUGGACAUUGUGAUCCAGAAGUGACACAGAUUAUCCAUGAGCAAUCCAGUCUUCUUCUACAUUCUUCUUUUGCCUGUCCAACGGAAUGGCCAUAUGCUCUUGCUGCCAAAUUGGUCGAAAAAACUAAAGAGUCUGGAGGAAUGUAUAACGCAUCUAGCGUUUUCUUUAGCAAUUCUGGUGCGGAAGCUAAUGAAGCAGCUUUGAAAUUUGCUCGAAGAUGGGGAAAAUCAAUUGCAGAAGAUAAGCACGAAAUCAUCUGUUUCAGUACAUCUUUCCAUGGACGGACCUUUGGUGCCUUGAGUGUCACCUCCAAGCUGAAGUACCAGGAACCAUUUACGCCUCUAGUCCCUGGAGUCAAGCAAGCACAAGUUGGAGACAUUGAAUCUGUUAAGAAGCUUAUUUCCGAAAAGACUUGUGCGGUAAUCAUUGAACCGGUGCAGGGAGAAGGAGGAGUUCGUCCUGUCGAUGAAGACUUCCUUAUCGAACUCAAAAAGCUGUGCACAAAAUACCAAGCCGCUCUCAUUUAUGACGAGGUCCAGGUGGGUGUGGGACGGUCCGGUACACUUUGGGCGCAUUCAAAGCUUCCGAAAGAGGGGCAUCCAGAUAUUUUUACUUCUGCUAAAGCUUUAGCUAACGGUUGUCCCAUUGGUGCAACUAUAAUCUCUCCCGAAAUCAACGAGGUGCUACAACCUGCAGAUCAUGGCUCCACAUUUGGUGGUAAUCCUAUAUCUACUCGUGUUGCAUGUAAUGUUCUGGACAGGAUUUCCAACAAACAAUUUCUGGAAGACGUUCAGCGGAAAGCAAAACUUCUUCAGUCCGGACUUUCUCAACUGCAGACCAAGUAUCCAGGUAUAGUCGAGGAUGUCAGAGGUUCUGGCUUGAUGAUGGGGAUGGAGCUCACUGUCGAAGCAAAACCAGUGGUUGCAAAAGCUAGGGAAUUUGGACUCGUUACCACAGUUGUGGGUGACAACAUCGUCAGACUUCUACCUGCACUGAACAUUCCAGAUGAUGUACUUUUGGAAGGUGUGUCUAUUUUGGAAAGGACCCUUGAUGCACUUUUUGGAACUAAAUAG